AUGAUAUAUCUUAUUUCAUAACCCUUACAAUAUCUUUCUCUUCUAUCUGGAGUACCUGUUAAACAAAAUUUCAAACAUCUAUAAUAAGAUGGUGGUUCACCAGAUAGAGUAGUUCGUAUGGGACAUCGACAUAUUCCAUCAACUAAAUUAACAUCUCCAAAACAUGAUGUACAUUGA